CUUUCCAGGGCCAAUUGAGAGCUUCAGCUGCAUCACCAACCAUCCAUUCGAUCAUGUCUUGUUGACAGCAGCAAUGUUCGAGAACCUCUGCACACUCCCGCUCUCGUCUGAGCUUUUCACUCAAGCUCUCCAUCCAAAGGAGCCCAUUCUCGCGGUUGGUCUCUCUGGCGGCCAUGUUCAAUCCUUUCGACUGCCGCUGGUAGCUGGAGCUUCAAGCGACGAUGAGGAUGGUGAUACCAGUGUACUUUCGACCGGUACGAGCACAAUCGAUACGGAAUGGCGUACGCGGAGACAUAAAGGCAGCUGUCGGACUCUGACGUACAGCAAUGAUGGCGAAGUUCUCUACUCUGCAGGUACAGACGGCCUUCUGAAAGCAGCGUCCUCAUCCACUGGCCAAGUUGUAUCCAAGAUACUCGUCCCGUUCGGCCCCUCGGGCUCCGCUGAUCCACCGACUCAUCUUCACGCAUUGUCUCCUCAAACUCUCCUCCUCGCGACGGAUUCAGCAGCUCUUCAUAUCUUCGAUUUACGCGCCCCUUCCACGUUGAGCUCGAAGCCCAGCCAAACACACCAUCCACAUGAAGACUACAUUUCUUCUCUUACACCUCUUCCACCGACUGAAGCAAGCACGAGUGGGUUUAGCAAGCAGUGGGUUACAACUGGAGGAACUACACUGGCGGUGACAGAUCUCAGACGAGGUGUUUUGGUCAAGAGUGAAAAUCAGGAAGAAGAAUUGCUCAGCAGCGUUUUUGUCGGUGGUCUGCCUUCGAAACCUGGCCGUAGUAAGGGAGAGAAGGUGCUGGUAGGAAGCUCUAACGGGGUUCUGACAUUGUGGGAGAGGGGAGUUUGGGACGACCAGGACGAGAGGAUUUAUGUGGAUGUGGGCAGAGGUGGCGGUGAGAGCUUGGACUCUUUAGCUGUCAUGCCUGAGGGUGUGGGAGAUGGAGGGAAGAAUGUGGUGGUUGGCGUUGGGGAUGGCACGAUCAGAAUUGUCCAAUUGGGGCCGAACAAGAUUGUUGGGGAGACAUUGAGACACGAUGAAGUUGAAGGUGUGGUUGGGCUAGGGUUUGAUGUUGGUGGGAGGUUGAUAAGUGGUGGUGGUUCGAUUGUUAAGGUUUGGCAAGAAAAAUUGACAUUGGACGACGAGGACGAGGACGAGGAUGAUUCCGACGAAGGAGAAACUUCGGCAAAGAAGAGAACACUUGAUGGGAGUGCUAGUGAUGGCAGCGACGAAGCGGAUGCUGAGGAUAGUAGUGAUGAGGAAGGAGAGCGCAAACGUCGGAAGAAGCGGAGGAAAGCUAAGGGAAAGAAGGAGUCUGGAAACGGUAUCCUUGGAUUCAAGGGAUUGGAAUGAUACCCGGAGUCAAUUGAGCAUGCUCCAUAAAAUAGCACGAAGUCUUGAUUUCUUGUUAUCUGUAAGGGCUGGAAUAAAUUCAACUCCUCUCGUCAGCCU